AUGGAACGUUCAUGCAUACGUACAUGCACCUCUUUGGAAGAGGGCGAUAUAUGUAUCGAGCCCAAGCAUGGGCCUAGCGGAUCUGCAUCUAGCCCAAGACUGUCACUUGCUUGUCUGGGGUAUCAACGGAGGGGUAUCCCAUUCCCCGAGUGCUCUUCUCGCUUCCUCGUGGUCUUCCAUCCAUCCCUUCACAUUUCAUCGUUUUUCUACCGCGUUAUUUUAUAUCUUCCCUCCAACACCGAACUCCUCGCCACCGCAAUUCCUCAUCAAGAACUACGCAGUACAGAACCUGUGGACGAAAUGUUUGGUAUCAAGUUUAGCUCAAGCAAAUUUCCCUACGUGGGGCGAGAAAAAACGGUGUACGCCGCUCUUCGAGGUGGAUCCAUCUCACCAGCGGAGACCGAGAAAGAUUUUGACGAGACAACGUUUAUCCGACAUAGCUCCAAGGGAUCACGAACACUUUUCAGCUAUGUUAUCAUCGGAUUGCUCCUCACCACCAACAUUUGCACGAUUGCUAGCCUUUUUGCUACUAAGUAUCUUACCAAACAACUUGAUGCGGUGGAGCCAGAGUAUACCCCAAAAUCAGCUGCCCGCGUUCAAUCACUUCCAACCACAUGGUCCCGUUUGAAUUGGUGGACUGAAUACUCCGACAGGAACUUUACUGAGACUGACAAACUUUGGGACGACAUCAAUCCUGCCCAUGGAUUCAUUGCCAUGGAUCGAAAGUGGGCCAAAGACCAACACUGGCCGGAUAGCAUGCAUUUGCCGAGCGAUGAUAGCAAAAAUGUCUACCUUCUCGAGGCAUAUCAUCUCCUUCACUGCGUAACUAUUAUAAGAAAAACCUUCUGGGAAGCAAUUCAUCACAAGGAGCAGUACACCUUCAAGCCGCCGCACGCUGGUCAUUGCAUAGAUAUGAUGCGCCAGUACGUGAUAUGCAAAGCGGAUAAUACCCCACUUUAUCUUUUUGGCGACGACACGGCUGGAGAUGAGCAGUAUCGCAAGUGCAAUAGCUGGGAUGCGCUGCGAGAUUUUGCAACGGACAAUUCGGCAUGUUAUAGAGAUACGCCUCCAGAUGUGGACCCUACCAAGUUCGCACUUGGUGCUCACUUUGGUUAUUGCGAUGGUGGGUAUGAUGGGGUUAAGGAGGGCGAGAGAAGAGGUCCAUGGAAGCAUGGCGUUGUCUUCGAUGGCCCGGAAUAG